CCUGAAACAUACGCACAAAGCACCCUAUUCAACUCUCGAUGAGGCAUCAUGCUUUGCAAUAUUUGCCAGGCAGUAUUCGCCCAGCCUCGCAAGCUCGGCUAUGGAACAUAUUAUCCUUGGGGUCACAAUAGUAAAUCUUUUGCAGAAUCAAGAGAAGCAGGCUGCCACUUAUGCAAUAUUGUGUGGGAGAACAGGAGCUACAGCAGCUCUUACCCUGCAUUCGACGACACUUUUCCGAUUGGCUGCACUUAUGCCUUCAAGGUCUUGAAUCCAACCUGGGCACGGCAUGGACAAGGUUCACAAUGGCUUGUACCUUUUGAUGGGGGUGAGGAGGAUGAUGUAGAUUACAUGUCAAGAUAUCUGAGUGCUGUGGAAAACGACCCAACGGUUAAUCAGCUUGCUCGCCUACUCGAAAACGAAGCGGAAGAGCUUUUUGCUAGACAGGAAUCCUUCUGAAUGGUCAUUGACUUUUAUUGCCCGGGCCCCCGCAUUAUAGUACCGCUUGAUAUUAUGAGGGAUGAUCUCGAAGAUAUGAUGCAGGUCAAUCUCGAUAAGCAGGCUUCCUGUCACGGCCUGGACAAGCUGUGGGAGUGGAAUGUAUGUGUGUGUGGUGUAAAUAUGUAUGAAUGAUGGUGCCCUAAUGGCGGUGAAGAAGCUAUAUACACGCCUGUGCACAGCACGUGACACUUCCACAGGGUCACCAGAAAACCUCCAGCUUGCGAGUACUUGGCUGAAUAACUUCUUGAGAAAUCACCAUUAA